ACAAAAUAGAAUUCAACACAACUUUUGAUUCUUCCUGUAAAGAAGGAAGUGGUACUAUAGGGAAUUUUUAAUUUGUGGUCUCUUUUUAGGAAAGAAACUGGAAAAAAUUUAAAACCAUAGCAAGUCCUUUAGGUAUAAUCACUAAAAGACACUAAAAGAAAGCGGUAUAGUUGAAUGCCAUUAUUAACUUUAGACCUAGAUCUCAGGAUUGGGAAAACUUGGUACAAAUUGUUACUAUGUUUCCGGGGUGCCCACAGCCAUGGUCUAAUCCCAGUUGGAGAAUUGAACCAAAGUAUUCAACCAGAGUGCUCAUUGGGAACUGGGCAGAAGAGAGAAGAAAGUUUAUCAAAACUUCAGAACCCAGUUUCCUGAGUACCUUCCAAAAGGACUUUGUCCCAUUCCCAGGUCACAAAGCAGAUACUAUAACAAGAUCGUAUUAUAUGAGAAGAACUGAGGGCCUGCCAUAUAAGCAUCUGAUGACCCACCAUGAGGAACGAAAACAUCGGAAUUUGAUCAGCUCAUAUGAUGACCAUUUCAGCAGGCAUGGUUACAAUCCUGCCUUGCCACCACUCCGUAGCUGGAAUGGGCAGAAACUGGUGUGGCUGCCAGAGAAGUCGGACUUUCCCCUUCUUGCUCCCCCCACCAACUACGGCCUCUUUGAGAGUCUCAUGAAGAAAUGGCAUGAACCUAAGACUGAGUGGAUGAAUAGUGUUUACACCACGUCUUAUGUAAGACACCCAGUAUCUACUCGGUCCCAGCAUGAGCGAGCAAUCUCAUUUCCUCCUUCCCACCUACAGUGAUCCCUCUGGCCCGUCCAAUCAGGUCUGCUAUCUUCCCUGAACAAGAUGAAACUAGACUAAAGAAUUCAUAGUAUCUUUGAGUUCCAAGGGGAGCAAAUGGGGGAAGCACGAACGCUGACUGCCUCCUUCUCCUCCUGGCACCCUUGAAGAGCUACAAAUACUCUUGGGGGAUUUACUCCAGAAAGCUCUAUGAGCCACCCACAUUCGGCUUGUUUCUUUGGAAGACAAAAGUGCCCCCCUCCUCCAAACUGCAGGCUGCUUCUCUCUUAUCUUUCAUAAUUAAAUGUGUAUGGAGCUACCAGAGUUGACAAUGUGCACAGAA